GACUUCUCACAGCUGGCCCCGGGGCGGACCAUCCUCGCCCACACCCCGGAAGGAGGGCCCAGUAAGUGACCUGAAAGAGACCAAGUGUGCUUGCUCUGCGGCUGAGUCAGGCUGCCGGGUCCUGUUGCUCCCUGUCCUGUAAGUUCAGAGCCGAUGGUGUGGAUAAACUGAGGGAGCAGGGAAAAGUGACAAAAGUCAGAACCUGCACCGAGGGCAUUGCCGAGACAUGGAGGACGCUGGAGACUCUCUGAAUGGCAGUGAUGAUGUCUCGGAACCAGAAAAACCUGAAGCCAGACUUGAAGUGGCUCAGUCGAUCCUGAGCAAGUUCUCUAUGAAAACUUUGUUUGGGUUUACAAGUAAGUGGGACUCUGUGAAGCCUGAUGAGAAAGACGCGGUACUGAAGGCAUUCCACAGUUUAGUUGUGGAUCCUGUACCUCAGCGGGAUGAUCCCAGCCAGGGCUCGGAUUGCCAGGCGGCAGAGGCACGGGUUCUACCUGACCUUGGAAAUGAUGGCAAGACUGCAGGGGUGGAGCCGGAGUCAGAGGGAAAUCAAGGAAUAGCAGGUUCAGGGAUUUCUCUCCCUGGGCAAGAGCUGCUCCCACUCAGUACUCAGAGUGUGGACAGAGACGAUGUCAUUUUGGUCCGUGGGACCCUUGUGAACACCACCAGUGAUUCCGACUCUGAUGAUGGUGGCCAGCAGCCAGAAGAGGGAAGCAACACCAGCCGCCCACAGUCCCCCAGUGUUUUAACUGAGCCAUCUCAGGAUCCCAAAGAAAAGCCAUGUGACUGUAGGGAAAAUAGCACCACUGGGGAAAGGGAUGAUGCAGAGCUCUGUGCAGAAGGUCCUCAGAGGACUCCAUCUGAGAUAAGUAGCAAACCGCAACUUGGUGAUGGUAGCCUUCAGACAGAGCACAGCCCCACCCAAGGACAAGCUGCAGAAGAAAGUUCCCCAGUCCUCCCCGUGGUAACAGACCAGAACUUGAGUGUCGGUGUCACCGAGAAUGCCUUGUCUAAAAAAGAAGUCCCCGGAGAGAAGUCAUUGCAGCUUCCAGCCUUUUUUAGCGGGCUUCGUGUGCUCAAGAAGGGCGCUACAGGUGAGGGAGGGAAGACCAUCACUGAAAUUAAACCAAAGGAUGGCGACCUGGCUUUGCUCAAAUUGACACAGCCUGUUCAGAAGUCCUUAGCGCAGGCAGGGCCUCAGACAGUGAAGACUGGGGAGAAGACAACUGACCCGAAGGCCACUCCCACUCUCCUGGAGCAGCUCUCUCAGCUGUUCAUCCUUGACAUGCCCAAAGCGGAAGUGAAGGCAGAAGACCCCGAGCAGCCCAGGAAGGAGGAGAUGGGCUGCAGUGCUGCCCAGGAGAGCCAGAGCAGCCCCAGUGGAGCCCAGACCCGGGGUGGAGAGGUCAAGCCAAAGCCUCCAGAGACAGCCCUCGAGGCCUUUAAAGCCAUAUUCGUUCGCCCCCCCAAAAAGGGGACCACAGCUGACACCUCUGAGCUGGAAGCUCUCAAGCGUAAGAUGAAGCAUGAGAAGGAGUCCCUAAGAGCUGUGUUUGAAAGAUCCAGGUCAAGGCCAGGGGAUGGCUCCUCUGAUUCCAAAAGCCAGCCCGACCACAGCCCCACUGAGCAGGACGAUAGGACUCCGGGCAGACUCCAAGCUGUCUGGCCACCCCCGAAGACAAAAGACGCAGAAGAAAAAGUGGGAUUGAAGUACACCGAAGCAGAAUACCAAGCUGCUAUUUUACACUUGAAGAGGGAACACAAAGAAGAAAUUGAAAACCUACAGGCUCAGUUUGAACUCCAGGCAUUUCAUAUCCGGGGCGAGCACGCAGUGGUUACGGCAAGACUAGAAGAAACCAUUGAAACUCUCAAACGGGAGACAGAACACCGAUGGCGAGGAGGACGUGAAGAGAUGAGAGAUGUGUGUAUCUCCACUGACGAUGACUAUCCCCCAAAGACCUACAGAAAUGUGUGCAUCCAGACAGACAGAGAGACAUUUCUCAAACCCUGUGAAGGUGAAGGCAAGACAAUCAGAAGCAACCAGAUAAUACCCAAAAAGCUGAAUAUCUCCUCUCUAAGUCAGCUCUCUCCCCCAAAUGACAACAAAGACACCCAUGUAGCACUUCAGUCUGUGGAAGGCCUCUCACCAAGUCAGCAAAAGGCAUCGCCUCCCCCUCCUGCACCACCCCUGCCAGCAGCCACCCCUCCCCCCCCUCCUCCUCCCCUCCCACCUGGACUUGGACCUUUGCCACCAGUAUCUCCACCACCACCUGUGAGUGCUGGACCGCCACCCCCUCCGCCCCCUCCUCUGCCUCCAAGUGCCGGGCCUCCUCCGCCUCCUCCUCCACCACCACUUCCCAGUUCUCCUGCUCUGCCCACCAGUGGGGGGCCUCCUCCUGCUCCACCACCUCCGGGACUUGCACCCCCACCUCCUCCUGGACUCUUCUUUGGAGGUGGCCCUUCUUCUAGCCAAUGUCCUCGGAAGCCAGCCGUUGAGCCGAGUUGCCCCAUGAAGCCUUUAUACUGGACUAGAAUACAAAUAAGUGAUAAAAGCCAAAAUGCUACACCAACCUUAUGGGAUUCCUUAGAAGAACCUGAUAUUCGGGAUACUAGUGAAUUUGAGUAUUUAUUCUCCAAAGACACAACUCAGCAGAAGAAAAAACCUCUGUCAGAGACCUAUGAGAAAAAGAACAAGGUCAAAAAGAUCAUCAAGUUAUUGGAUGGAAAACGAUCUCAAACUGUGGGAAUCUUGAUAUCUAGUUUGCAUUUAGAAAUGAAGGAUAUCCAACAGGCCAUUUUCAAUGUGGAUGACUCUGUGGUUGAUCUGGAGACUCUGGCAGCCUUAUAUGAAAAUAGAGCACAAGAGGAUGAACUGGUUAAAAUAAGGAAGUAUUACGAGACAUCCAAAGAAGAAGAAUUGAAGUUGCUGGAUAAACCUGAGCAAUUUUUACAUGAGUUAGCCCAGAUCCCGAAUUUUGCUGAACGGGCCCAGUGCAUAAUCUUCAGAUCUGUCUUUUCGGAGAGUAUCUCCUCCUUGCACCGAAAGGUAGAGAUCAUCACAAGAGCUUCUAAGGGCUUGCUGCACAUGAAGAGUGUGAAGGAUAUUUUAGCUCUCAUUCUGGCUUUUGGAAAUUAUAUGAAUGGAGGAAAUAGGACUCGGGGACAAGCAGAUGGAUAUAGCUUAGAAAUUUUGCCCAAACUCAAGGACGUCAAAAGUCGGGAUAAUGGGAUUAAUCUGGUUGACUAUGUCGUGAAAUACUACCUGCGUUACUAUGAUCAGGAAGCAGGAACAGAAAAGAGUAUUUUCCCUCUGCCUGAACCACAAGAUUUCUUUCUGGCUUCCCAAGUCAAGUUUGAAGACCUCAUAAAAGAUUUGAGAAAACUGAAGAGACAACUAGAAGCAAGUGAGAAACAGAUGAUCGUGGUAUGCAAGGAGUCACCAAAGGAGUAUCUCCAGCCUUUCAAGGACAAACUAGAAGAGUUCUUCCAGAAAGCCAAAAAUGAGCAUAAAAUGGAAGAAAGUCACUUGGAGAAUGCACAGAAAAGUUUUGAAACAACAGUAGGAUAUUUUGGGAUGAAGCCAAAGUCCGGUGAGAAGGAAAUCACACCCAACUAUGUGUUUAUGGUAUGGUACGAAUUCUGCACUGACUUCAAGACCAUUUGGAAGCGGGAGAGUAAAACUCUAUCUAAAGAAAGAUUGAAAAUGGCUCAGGAAUCAGUCAGCAAGCUGACAUCAGAGAAGAAAGUGGAGACAAAGAAAAUCAAUCCCACGGCUAGUCUGAAAGAAAGACUGCGUCAGAAGGAAGCCAGCGUGACCACUAACUAACACAGAGCCAUGUGAGAAUGACAGCAGCAAGAUGCAUUUUCUUGCAUCGUCUUUUGCAACACUAGUGCUGAAGGAAGUUCUUGAAAGCUACGUCACCAAAUGUUGGUUUUGCUCAUCUCUUUCUGAGGUCAUUGCAGUAAGCACCUCGUGCCUUCUUAAGGGAGUCCCUUGUUAAGCCACAGGAACAAUGAGAAAUUGUUUAAGGGAACAUUGUAGGGAUAUUUGAUUAUUGUUUCUUGUAGAGGUCCAAAGUCAUGCCAUUACAACACCAGAAGAAAUACCAAGGUUUUCCAAAUGUUUUUAAAAGUGGAGAUUUCAAGCUUUCUAAUCCAAGCUUGAUAUAUAUAAACUUGUGACAGAAAAAGAGAAGGAUCUUUUAUGACAAUUGCCUUAAGAGGAUUCGAGCCUUGAUCUUUCCACACUGCUGGUGUGACUAUUGAUCUUAAUUUUGAUCCUGUUGUGGCAAGAUCCUACAGUAUUUUUCUCACCAAAAAUGUUGAAACUUACCAAAAUUAUUUUUUAAGACAUCCAAGACUAUGGAUUUUCCAGAGGAGAGAAAUGGUUAUUUUGUUGUUGUUGUUGUUGUUGUUGUUCAUAUAAUGGAAAGGACAGAAAAUGGAAUUGUACAUGGGUAGAGAGGGAGUUAAAUAGCCAUAAACUUCACCCUGGAGAAGAAAUUACUGUACGGGGAGUUGACAUCAGCUGUUAAGCAAGACCCAUUCUUUUGUUUUUAUGUGAGUUCAUUGUGGUUUCCUUGUCCAGCAGAAAUUCUCUACCCUUAUUCUUGAAAGAAACAGUGAUCCCCAAGCCAACACAGGCUUGGAGGUCAAAGUACCUGCUUGGGCAAGUGGCCCAGUCCCAGCACAUUUCACAUUUCAGAAUGUUCGUGAAUGGGUAAGGCCAUGUUGGCAUUCAGCUGAGCUCUGCAUCAUGUUCUGGGACUGUGUGUGUCUGUACCUCUCCCACCAACCUCAGGAGGCAAUUUCCAGGCAAGAGAGCAAAUGCUACUCACAGCCUUUCAUCAUGACACUGACAGGCAUGUGACCUAGGGUGAAGCAGGAGUCUUUGAUGUUGAAAAAAUUAAGACCAUAAAAAAGAUUCUUUACAUCAAAAUGAAAAGAAGGUGAUUACAUUAAUAUUAAGCUUUGAGUGCAAUAUCAUGGACAGGCAGCUUUUUCUGACCCUGGGAGCCCAUAUGAUCGCUGCCCCUUGAAUCACAAGGGAAACCACCUUGGACCUCUCCCCUGACAUUUUUUUCCUUAAGUCACCUCUCUUCUAAUCUAUCUUGUGAGAGGAGAAGAGAGAGGACUGGGCUUGAAUUGAGAAUAGGAUCAAAGACUAUCCAUUUUCGGCCUUGAAGGGAAAGAGGUCCAAGCCUUCUCCAGUUGGUGGACGACAGUCUAGAGGUGGGUAAGAACCUUAAAACCCUUCCUGAUUGGGCUGCCAUGUGUGGCCUUGCCCCCGGCCCCAGCCUUUUCCCAGAACCUCUCAAUUUGCCAGGUACCUGAGUGUCCCCCCAGGACUGCCUGCUAAUCAUCAGUCCCCUCAGGGACUCCCUAAUAGAGUCAGCUAAUUAAAGCAGCCCUGUAUUCUAAUAUAGUGCAGUCAGGAUCAAAUCAAAUCACAGAAGCCAUAUUUGUGCAGGUGCUAACCACCUUCUCUAAUAAUUCAAAAGAAAGGAAUAUGGUAGCAUGGUUGGGUCUUUUUUUUUUUCUCCCCCCAAUUCAAAAUAAGAGAUGAGACAAGCAAAACAAAAAAGCUGGUAAGGAGCUGACAUUACUAAAAGAAGUUGCUCGUGAGCCAGAAGCUUUCCAUACUGCUUUCUUAUAUUGUUUCUCUUCAUUUUCACUCAACUGUGAAGAAAACCUAAGAAAUUCAUUGAUUUAAAACAAAUUCCACUUACAGUCAUCCUGUGCUCUGGGACAUUCCUUCUAAUUUUAUCGUGCAGAAGAAAAGUGCCUGUCUUUUCCAUGCUCGGGAGACCAACUCUGAGUUCAGUGAGAUCAACAUGUGUCUAGAUCCUCAUUGGUUCCCACAGACUUGAUGGGCGAGCGCAGCAUGUGCUUUCAGUGGAGUCACUGGUCCACUUCAGGUCUCUAAAGAGGAUACUCACAAGAAAAUCACUGACAGUAAACAGGCCUGUCACUAUGGCCACAUAACCCUGCAAGAACAUGCUCUCGGGGAACCAGUGCUGAAGAAGAAUGAGUGGAAAUAUUUAAUGUGAGAAUUAGACAAAGGCAGCCCAAGUUGGAUUCCAUUCACAUGGACAGACUAGCCACUGGCCGUAAAAUGCCUAUUUCUAAAGACUAUACUUUGCCUGCUCUGUUGGUAAACCUGGCGAUUUUGUCAGACUAGCCAAAUAUAAUAAGCUAGUGUAUUAAGACACUAGGGCAGAAUCUCCAUUAUUCUCACCCAUUUUGGGUCCUGCAUUGUGUAUCUGGAUGCCCCCUCCAUACAUUUACUGCAGUGUUGGCACAGCCUUUGUUUCUAAUGGAAGUCGAUGCUCAGUGAAAUUUCACAAGAGCUUGUUCAAGGUGGGCCAUCUAAAACAACCUGGAGCCCCUUGAAAUUAUCCCUCUAAAAUGCAAUUGAGAUUAUGGUCAAUGCAACAGCUGUCUCUAAAGGUUUCAUAGAGAGGAAGUAGUUAGUGUACCACUUAAGCAGCUUGAGCAUUUCAGGCAAGCAGGGAUUAAGUGGCUUUCCUAAGAACAGCCUUCCCCAAACUAGAGAGAGAGUGGCCAGUAUUGCUACUCUGUGUUUAACCAGACACUCACACCCAACUUUACUAGUCAGGCUCUGAAAAACCUUGACUUAGAAGCAACAUCGUCUCUUCCUAGCCAGGAGUCAUUACAUCUGAGGACAUGGUUGAAUAGCAGUUUAGACUCUUGCAUGAGUAACCUGCAAUCAUCAUCAAGCAUGCAAGUAUAUCAUAUAUUACACUAAAACAUGAUAUAAACAUGUUAGGUAAAAAGCAUCAGGCCUGUGAGACGUCAAAGAUGAGGUUAGAAGGAGGUGUACUGUAUGGCUUUUAACACACAAGGCAGCUUAAUGGUGCGGGUAGGGGCGGAGGGCACAGAAAGAGAAAAGUGUGGCCAAGCAGAAAUAGAUGAUCAUGAUGAUGAUGGACCUGCUGCCUUUUGAAUCCUUGAGUUGACAUGUCUCUUCAAAUGCCCACCAAAAGUACCUAGGAAUAAUGGAAAAACAAUUCCUGAAAUCUGGGAAGUAGAAUAAGGAAACCCAGCUGUGUGAGUACAUCUUUAAAUGUUCUAGCCAAAACAAAUUGGCAGUAUGGUUGAGGAAUCAAUUGCCAGAUUGGGUGCUAGUCUUGGACCCCUCCUACCCCCCAGUAAGCUACUGAGCCCCCCCUUAGGCACCUCUUUUUUUUCCUAAGAACCAUAAGGAAAGGCAUUUCCUAAAUGAACAGCUUAUAUGAUGCUGGUGGAGAAACUGGAGAAACUGAAGGAAGGAAUGAAACUCUGGGGGUGGUAUUGGAAACCUCCUUGCUACGGUUCUUCCAAGGACCAGGAUUGGAUGUAGCAGAAGAGUCAUGUUAUUUUUGGAAAAGAUUUGCCUGUUGGCCUGGGAUUGUACAUCUCUCUGUAGAUCAUACUGUGCACAAUGGGGCAUUUUCAUAUUAAUUAUAUUCUUGCUUUCUCGAAUGUUGUACUUUCUCAUUUCUGUUUCUGCUUCUCCCUUGCCUGACAUCAUAGACACAGAUCACUGCACACAACAUUGCAUGCAGCAGUAUAGCCUAAGACAGCGCCUAGUCCAAGUAUCAAGGGGAAUUAGCAAUGCAGGCCUGCAGCCUCUUUCCCUGUGUACCAGACUAUAACCUUAACAGGGAAACCUCUUCGUUCCCUGACUUCCUAAAUCAGCUUAUUUUGUAGUACUCUCCCCUCCUCAAAUAAAGAUAAAACCAACUUGGGGCUUUCUGUGUCAGGGAGGAGAAAGAAGUCCAAAAUACAUAGCUUUUUUUCCCCAAAAAUAUCUGGUCCAAAUAUCAACUAUAUCAUUUUAUAAAGUAGAUUUGUGCAUUAUUUUCUUUGAUUCUGCCUGUUCUUAAAAAAAAAAAAAAAAUGACCAAAAGCUGGAAGGGAAAGAAAAAGCAUCAGAUUUGGUAAUUUGCAAAUUAGUUUAAUUUCUAAACCACACAAAACAUGGACAUACUGUGAAAUCCAAUGUUGUGGAAAUCCUGAGCACAGAAAAAUUGGAACAGCUGUGCGAGCUGAUGAGCAUGGACAAAGUAAGAGCUCUCUGGGGCCUGCUUGAGACUUUAGCCUCAACCAGGCAAUUUUUAGAGUUUGGAUUCAAAAGAGUCGAAGAUUGCCCUGAAUAGUGUACUUUUUUAAAAGCCACAUACAAGGAAAAGUGGUGUGAUAUAAUGGAAGAAGUGGCCAGACCAUUACACCAUCCUUACUCUGCACUCUCUUAAGAACAGUUGAUAAAUGUGUGGAACAUCUGGAAGGCCAUCAAAACCACAUUUCAUAUAUCAGCUAUUGUACCUUUAGGAACAAUUCAGCCGAAGAAAGUGGGCUGAAUGAAGGAAUGAACUUUCAUUCAUGUCAGCUACUUUGUCAUCAUGAAGAAAUUGGCAACACAAGAGAAACAAGGCUAUGAGGCCAAACUAAUAGUAUUUAAUAUUUGAAAAGUAUGAAUCAUUUUUAGCCUUGCCACAAUGCAAGUAACUUCUUGGUUAUGUUUCCACCUUCUAGCUACAGAGAAAAACAAUCCAGCUGCUUGGAACCUUCCCUAUUAUUGGUGCAAAAGUCACUUAAAGAAAAGCACCUUUGGAAACUGGCCUCCGCAUGGCUGGCUGCUUGCAGACACGCAUCACAGUAUUUAUAACCCCAUUAGCAAUUGAAUCCAGGCAUCACUAGGCUCUUACUCACAGCUGAGAGUGUGACCAAGAGGCCCAUUUUAUGUCAUUUCUACACACACGUCAGUUGUUGACACCUUGUUAGAGCACUGAAUGCUAGUUUCACAAUUCUUCAUUUCCCCUUCCAAGGAGUGGGCAAUCUACCAAACCCUCCCAAAUCAACUCUUUGCUGUGAAGGAGUGAAUUCAAGAGCAUUUUAACAUGCAGGGUUGAAGCCAAUUCAGUAGCCUUAGUUGUGCCAAGACUCUUAAUCAACACUGUGAUAUAAACCUAGCAUUUGGGAAAUUUGUGUAGUUGACAACUUAAUUGGAAAUGUGAAGAUAUUAAAAUGGCAGCCAUCUAACUCUGUCUCUUAAAACCCUCGUGCAGCUUCUACCAGCAGAGAUGUUAAGGAAGCAAAUCAAGCCUCAGUCAGGAGACCAACUGUCCUCAAGGAGAGCUUACUAGGUUCGCUUCCCCUCUACUCCAGCCCCUCUCUCAGCCAGCCUGGUGAUAACUAGUAACACAAAAAAACCUUCUCCUUUUCAUCCUUCUCUUAUCUGGUAUGAUGGUUCACUUCAGUCAGGAGCUCAAAUGAACUCCAGACUUUAUUGCAUAUUACAUCUAUGAAGUACUUGUUCAUGAAUUUUGUCUGCAUUCUAUGAUCUGGAGAAGAACAACUUAAUCUCAUUUUUUUUAAUAGGAAAGUGGUAGCUAACACCAUUAAUUUAUCCUUCUGUAUUCCAUCUAUGCUCAUAUAACUUUCUAUUUUUUAAUCUUCUCUUAAAUGUACUAAGAAACACCAGUCUGCCUCCUUUUCUGAAAGCUAACCCAAAUAGUUCUGGGAGCUAUUUUUUUAUGCUUUGUGUGAAAUUUGAUAGCAUUGGGCUAGAAAAACGCAAAUGAGCCCAUAGUUUCCAGCAGAAAUUCACCUCCCAAAAAUUUGUCAUUCUUCUCCAUGGAGUAAGCAACUUCUAUUAUAUUUAGGCUAUUUUGUAGGCUGAGCAUUUCCCUAAAUUCUACCUGUGCAGACACCAAGGGGCUCUCUGUCUUUGAAACUGUAAGGAGGUCUUACAAGAGAGUGAGUAUUUCUCCCCAUAUAUAUAGUGGGAGCCCCCAAUAUGUUAUCUUAUACUUUUCCUGCAUUCAUUCUUAGGCGUGCAUUCACCGUGGUUUGUCAACAUCUUUGGCAAAAUUGUACUUCCUUUCCUUCAUUAUCCUCUUCCAGAGCUUGCUUCUAUUCUUGUCUCAUGAAACAAAUGUAUUUUCAUUUAUUCAACUGGGCCAGCUUUCCAAAAUGAAAGGCUAGUUCCAUAGACACCGAGUAUACAAGGAAAUUAUUCUCUACCUCCCCAUGGCAUGGACAAUAAAUGUGUUCAGGAAUGAACAACUCUCUGGGAACUCUUGGGAUGAUUUUGAAUUCCAGGGUUCUAUGAGAGGCAAAAAAAUGGGUAUGUAGCAUACAAAAAUUGUACUACUCUUCCCAAUAAGAGGCUAGAAGGAUAUUCAAAAUCUUUACAUCUUCGAUAGGUUUGAGUGAACUGUAAGUAGCUCAUUUUUUUUUCCUUUCUUCUUGACAACUUGUUCCUGGCUAUAAUCUUACUUUUUCAUAUCUGACCCCCAACACAUAAAGAAGGUGGUUUCAGCCUCACUGGGACUGCACUCUUCCAAAGACAUCCAUUUCCUUUGGAAACAAAUCUGUGAGUGAGGGGAAAGUAGUGUAAUUCUCCUGUCUGUCCAGAGUGACGUACGUAGGAUUUUGGGGUCCACCAAAAGGAUAGGUCUAUCCCAAAUCGUUAAUUUUACAAUUCUGUAAUGCUUCAAUUUCUCAAGACACAAAUAAUGUGACCCUACUGUUAGUAAAAUAUAUAAUCUUCAAAGAAUAUAAGCGUUAUGAAAAAAGGACUUCCCUUUAAAGAAGAGUCUAAAACCCUCCUAAAAAGGCAGAAACUUAUAAAAUUCAAAAUUGAACAAUUUUUUUUAGAGAAAACAUGUCAUUGAUUCAUAGUUUUUUCCUCUCAUUGAGUUUUAACUUAGACUAGCAUGGGAAGCAGGGUGCCCCUGGACUUUGAUUUAGGGGAUCGUGCUUUGGCCUGGAAAAUCAGCACUGAGCUGCAUGCCCAGAACCUAAGUGAAAUCAGUCAGCAUCCUAAUAGGAAUCAGGCCUAACAAAUGUAAAUUACUUCAAGUCCUUUAGGGCUUAAUUUUCUCAGUGACACCCUGGACCCCAGACACUGCUUCCUAAGAUGCAUUUGAUCCAUGCGGUGAUGUCUCCAUAGGGUCUUGGGAGAUUGUAAGCGAUGGGAUGUGGGAGUAGAGCAGGAGACGGGGAGAAGGAAAUUUUGAACAUGGCGGCCAGGGUGCAAUGUUUUGCUGGUCUAAUGUGCUGUUGGGAGGCUGGUGAUUUUUGCCUUGCUUAUAUCAUGGAUGACCUUUCAGUGGCAGCUCCAGGAAUCUCAUCAGGCAAAUGGGAGUGUUCAGUAUCUCCUAUUGGUCAGUGCCUGACAAUGUGCUGGGAAAGCAGGUACCCUAGUGAAACUGGCCUGUGUUCAGAUUCAUUCCCAUGGGGCUGGUUGUGCAUGGGUCUUCCUGUUUUGUCCACGCCUGUCCAAAACUCACUGUGGCACCUACUUCAUGUCACUUUUCUCACUUCAGUACUUGUGCUUUGGCCUCCCCUUCCUUCAGAGCCCACGGCUUUUCCCCUCACUUUACCUUUAUAGUUUCUCCAGAAUCCAGCCUUAAUUACCCCCUCCCUCCCUCCCCUCAAGCCUGUUGCGCCAUUCCCCAGCCCUUUGGACGGGGUGCUCUGCUGUCACCAAGUGAGACACAGCACUGUGACUGCCUCCUGUUAAUGUCAGCAUCACCUCAUCACUUAGGCAAAGAGGGAAAAAUCCAUAAAAGAGAUGGAAAAUACAUUUCUUUUUUCGUCUUAUUCUCUAUUUUAAGAAGGUCUUCGAAGGGAGGGUUCUAGGCCAUUUCAGUUUCUCCUAGAUUGUACUUUAAGCCUGUCUAAUUAGGGACCAUCCUUUGAUAAGUUAUAAAUCAGUCCAGUCUCACCAUCUAGGAUGAGUAAGACUAAAGUUUUGAAUCUGAAGGAACUUUUCUGUGCUGCUGGACAAAUUGACUUAAUUCUGUGCAAACAGUUUGAAUCACAGGCUUUUUAUUGCCACCCCAUUCUUACUACUACUCAUGAUCCAAACAUCUACAUGAAUCUGGAUCAGGAUGUUGACAAUUUGUGGUUAUUUUCAGAUCAACAGUAACUGUUACACUCUUGAAAGUGCUUAAAAAGAAAGGGUAAGCAUGUCCUGAGUAAUCAGUCUUUGGACCUGGAAAAAUUUGGCUUCUCUGUUAAAUAUUAGAUCAAUCUGUAGAUGUAAUCUUAAAUUUUCAGCAAUAAUGAAGACAGUUUGGGAAACGAGAAGGCACUUUAAAGACAUGAAACCUUACAUUACAUGCUCUUGAACAUUUUUUAAUAUAAUAAGCUAAUUGGAUUCAGGUAUUUUUCCCUUUAAAUUUUUAAAAAUAUGUAUUUCUAAUUUGCAUAUUUAAUUUUGUCAAAGCUGAGAAAUGUUCAUUAGUUGGAUUUAUAAAUGUCAUUUGCAACCAAAUGAAGUAUUUAUUUUUAAAAAGAAAGGGUGAAGGAACCAAUAUUGACUUGUACAUAAUGAAAAUAUAUGUGUGUGUCUAUAUAUAUAUAUAUAUUUUUUUUUUUUUUUUUCUCCUUGACACUAUUUGGUCACCACAUCAAGUGUAUUUUUGUACAUAACAUAUUGGUUAGGAAAUGUAGAUUGUCUAUUCAAAGAAUUCUAUCUCUGUGAUAGAUCAUAUUUAUCCUAAUCUGUUGAUACUUCUGUAAUUUGUUUUAAGAGAUAGAACUCUAUUUUUUGGAAUUUGCAGAGAACUGCACUCAUGGCUUCCAAAUGUAAAUAUGAUGAGAAUAUUUUAAUAAAUCUUGG